AUGGAACUCUUCUCGCCGACGAGCCAGCAGUCGAACCCCGCGACGCCGGCGCAUCCAAUGAACACCAACCCCCACCAUUCACCCAACUCCCCGACUGUGAUCCACGACUUUCCUGCCCUCGGCCGCCAUGGCGCGACCUCGAUACCCCCCGAUCAGCCCGUGGCCAUGACGCCCUCUGGCCAGCCCGCGCUGAACCCGCGCAGCUGCGUCACCUGUCGGAAGAGGAAGGUCCGCUGCGAUAAGCAAAUGCCCUGCAGCAACUGUCGCCGCGCCGUUAUCCAGUGCAUCUUUCCGGCGCCGGGCCGCGCCCCGCGUCGACCGAGACCAAAGGACCCGAAUGCGCCGCCCAAGAACUCGAGCGAGCGCGAGGUCGAGUUGAUGAAGCGCUUGCGCAAACUCGAGGGCAUUGUUGAGGAGCUGAGCGGCCAGAUCGAAGUCGAGAGCGGCACGGGGAGCAACAGCGGACGACAGAACUCGAGCACGGGAAACUCGCCAGAGACCUUUGGCAACGACGCCGGCGGUGACAGGGUGGGGAGCACGCAGAGCAACAGUUCUACAACGACGGCGCUGAGGGAAGCGAUUGCGCCGAAUAAGAUGGACACAGACUCGGACCCGAAGCGACCCAACGACAAGCAACCGGGCCUCAGCAGGCAGUUCGGCAGGCUGGUGCUUCACGAUAAGGGGAAAACGAGCAGAUACGUGAGCAGCGCAUUCUGGUCCAAGCUGAAUGACGAAGUAGGUCCGCCCGAGUCAUAUUUCCCCCUGCUAUCACUGACAUGGGUGUUGCAGCUGGACGAGCUACGGGAAGAGACGCACGUUCUGGACGAAGAUACCGACGACUCUGAUAUCGAUGAGACACCCGACCACUCCCCUGAGCAGACUGUGGAUGCCGCGACCGACCACCAUGCCUUCAUUCUGGGUUACCGGUCUUCCGAUGUCGACCUGCGCAAGCUGCACCCCCUGCCCUCGCAAAUCCCGUUCAUGUGGCAGAUCUACCAGGAGAACGUGGAGCCGUUGCUCAAGAUACUGCAUAUUCCAACCAUGGAGAAGCUCAUCCGCAACAUGCGGCGCGACAUUGACGAACUGACCCCCGGAAACGAGGCCCUUUUGUUCUCCAUCUACUAUGCGGCCAUUACGUCCAUGGAAGACGAGGAGGUCGAAAAGAACUUUGGUUCGAAGAAGGAAGUGAUGCUGUCGCAGUACCGCUUCGCCCUCGAGCAGGCCCUCGCAAAAGCAAACUUUCUGAACACCUCAGACAUGGUGGUACUGCAAGCGUUCGUCUUGUUCCUGACACUGGUCCGGCGCGAAGACGACACUCGGUUCUGCUGGACACUGACGGGGUUGGCGAUACGCAUCGCGCAAGGUCUGGGCAUUCACCGGGACGGGACGAACUUUAACCUCCCGCCUUUCGAGACUGAAAUGCGGCGCCGAUUGUGGUGGGCCAUUUGCACACUGGAUUUGAGGUCUGCCGAAGAGCUGGGCAGCGACCUUACCGUUAUCGAUCGCUCGUUUGACACGCAGCUUCCCUCCAACGUAAACGACUCUGACAUCGAACCGGGAAUGACCGAGGUACCAAAGUCGCGACGAGGCAAGACGGACUGCGCCGUGUCGCUGGUCAGAUACGAGAUUUGCUCGCUGUCGCGACGACUACACACCGCCGGCUCGGCCAUGGCCGGUGUCUGCCCUCGAGAUGCCUCAUCGAGCGUUGAGGACCGGGAGCGGAUGCUGAUUGAAGUAUACGACCGCGUCGAGGAGAAGUUCCUACAGCACUGUUUUACGGAUGACGAUCCCCUCGUCUGGAUGGCCGCCAUGAUCGCUCGUGUCAUCAUGGCCAAGAUGAGCCUCGUCAUCUACCAGCCGAUGCUGUUCCCUGGCAACGGCCACGAGCUCUCCAACGAGGUUCGCGAUCGGCUCUUCUUGUCGGCCAUCGAUAUCGUGGAGAACAACUACAUCCUCAACACAGACCGCCGCUGCAAGCAGUGGCGGUGGCUCUUCCAGACUUAUCGGCAGUGGCACGCCAUCGCUUAUAUUCUCAUGGAGGCCGGAAGGCGCCCGUGGUCGGCGACGUCGGAGAGGGGCUGGGAGGCCGUCAACAACACCUUGCGAUUUGACCGAGACCCGGCGGAGAUUUCCAGAAUGGCAGACCACAUGGCAGUGUGGGUGCCGUUACGAAAGCUCAGCGCGAAAGCGACCAAGCAUCGGGAGGCGGAGAUUGUUCGCCUGAGGUCAGAUCCCGAGGCUGCCCGCCAGCUCGAUGUCGACGACCGGAUGAACCCUAUACCGGCGAGACUUGGCCCUGUCCCGGGGAUGGAAGCCCAGCAUGCGCAGAUUCGCGCCCGCUGGCGAAAUCUCGUGCGUACGGACGGUGCCAGUCCAGUGCAACCGACAGCCAACCACCCGAACCAGACUCAAGCUGGACUGGGCGCACCGUCCGCCUCUCAACCACACCAGCCGGCCCAGAUCCCGGCUUCGGUGCGCCCGCCAAGGGAGCCCGAGUUCAUCGACACUGUCAUGAUGGCGCGGGGCUUCAACCCCAAUCAUAUUUGGGAGUACCUCUACCCCACGGCUCAGUCUAUGGCGGCUGAUCCGAACAACGCACUCUUCCCGCCCAGCGCCUCACAAGCGCCGACUUCGCAGCCCGGGAUGUCCUCUGACGUUCAAUCGUCAACCGCGCCGGGCCAAAACAUGGACGCAGAGCAGAGGCAGCGGCAACAAGCCAUCGCGAUGACGUCGCAACCCACCGCAUCGUCGUCUCUGGACGACAACCAGCCCCCGUGGCUGUGGGCCGACCCCUUUACCUCGAUUAACAACGUGCCGGGCGACUCCAUGGACGUCAACAUGGAUAACCUGGACGACUUUAACUGGCAGAACUGGCAGGAGAGCAUCAAGGGUUUCGAGAUGGAUCCCGACAACAUGACGCAGAAGGGAGCGUGGUAA